UCUCAUUACCGAAGUCGCGCUGAUGCUAACGAUGAAGCAAGGACCCAUAAGCCCCUACGUCAUCCAACUAUAUGAGUGGUUCGAGCACCCUCAAGUAUUCACUCUCGUGAUGGAGAAUCCGGAUCCCUGCGAGAGCUUGUUGGACUUCAUCAACAAUAACCCUAACAUGAAUGAGACAACAGCGCGGCUCAUCAUGUGUCAGGCGGUGCAAGCAGUACUGCACUGCAUUGAGCACGGUGUUUUUCAUAAUGAUAUUCAUCCAGAUAAUAUCCUGUUGAGAAAACACACUUUGGAGCUCAAGUUAAUAGACUUUGGCUGUGGUCAUCUACUUAGUAGUAAUGGCUAUAAUCGCAGUCAAUAUAGAGGAAUACAGGCUUACUACCCACCUGAGCUCUUCACCUGUGGCAGAUUCUACGCCACCUCUACAAACGUCUGGGCUCUAGGAGUGUUGUUGUAUGAGAUGGUGAACACGUGUUCUCCAUUUUGCAAUAUAACUGAAAUCACACAAGCUGAAAUUAGGUUUGAAAACCCAGAUUUAUCCAAAGAAUGCCGUGAUCUGAUCGUCCAGUGCCUAAACCGUGAUCCAACUGAACGGCUGACCCUCGAUCAGAUCUUGCAGCAUGACUGGUGUAAAACAGAGGAUCUAGAAGAGUCAGAGGAUUGAAACUGCAUACUGCAAACUG